AGUAGAAAGCCUAAUAAUUUUUUCUCAAUACACGAAGUCAAUACUCAACUAAAGAACACCAAAUCAAAGCAUCAACAAAUCUGAUGAUGAAGGAACAGCUCCAAGGGAAUCUAGUUCAAGAGAUAGCCAAAAUCUGUAAAAUUGAAAUCCCAGAAAAUUUCAUUCAUAAAAAUGGAUACCCACAAAAUAAACUUGAUUCUGUCCCAUGGAUGGAUGAUUUUGUUAUUGACUUUUCACUCCUUACUUGUUCAUCUUCUGAAGCUGAACUUGAACUGGCCAAGCUUCAAUUAGCUCUCAGUCAAUGGGGUUGUUUUCAGGCUGUAAAUCACGGCAUAUCAAGUAAAUUCCUUGAUGAAGUACGAGAAGUAAGCCAGCAAUUUUUUGCACUGCCUUUAGAAGAGAAACGGAAGUACUCGAAAAAGAUGAAUGACUUUGAUGGAUAUGGGAAUGACAUGACUCUUCCGGGGCAGCCAACCCUUGAUUGGACUGACCGCCUUUAUCUUACAGUUUAUCCCGAAGAUCAGCGAAAAAUAGAGGUUAUACAUGGAUAUACAUUGAAGAAUAGGGCAAUAUUUGAACCUCUACUGAAGGCGAUGGCUCGUUCCUUGAACUUAGAGGAAAAUUGCUUUGUGAAAGAGCACAGGGAUGUGGUGAAAAUGGCUGCAAGGUUCAAUUUGUAUCCUCAGUGUCCAUCCCCUGAAAUUGUUCUCGGUAUCAAACCACACGCAGAUGGAACAACAAUUACAACGCUCUUGCAAGACAAGGAAGUGAAUGGGCUUCAAGUAGAAAAAGAUGAUCAGUGGUACAGAGUUCCCAUUGUACCUGAUGCAUUAUUUAUCAAUGUUGGUGACUUAGACGCCUGCUUUAUGUUUAUACUUACGGUGCAGAUAAUGAGCAAUGGCGUUCUGAAAAGUCCUUUGCAUAGGGUGGUGACAAACUCUGAAAGACAAAGAAUAACUGUGGCAAUGUUCUUCUUCCCGAAACCUGAUAAGGAGGUUGGACCGAUACCUGAACUGUUUACAGGCGACAAGCCUCCGAUGUACAAUAAAGUGAGGCAUUAUGAAAAUAUUUUCUUCGAGAACUACCAGCUCGGAAAGAGAGCAUUGCACGCUGUCAGAUUGUAAUCUUGCUGCUGCUAUAUCAACAUUACAUUUCUGUUGCAGUUAACAAUUUUGCUUCUAAUAAAAUUACAAUUUUGCCCCUGGACUUAAAAUUUCUUUCAUAUACUCUAACCUCACUAAAUAACACCUUUAUCACACUUAAAAAACAAAAUUACAACAUAAAAUAUGGAGCAAAAGCUAAGGAAUUCAAUCCGCAAACAAAUAAUCGAGGUAGAUUUUAUUCGAAUCCUAUUAUUUUAAAUUUAAAAAAAAAGGA